GAGUCAAUUAAUUUGGAUCUGAUGUACACAACAAUCAUCACAAUUACAAAUACGUCACCGUAUUUAUUUCCCUUUCCACGCGUUUCUCAUCUCCAUUCAAAACACUCAACAACCCAACCAAACUCACCUUUCCUUCUGAUAUUCCAAGGUUAACCACCGCCACCGUACCAAUCUCCGACCAGCCCUCCGGAGACAACUCACCGAUCUCCGCCGUCUAAUCAACUCUUCCUUAAACUUUAUCAGAGAUGAAUCCUGAGUAUGAUUAUCUGUUCAAGCUUCUUCUUAUUGGAGACUCUGGUGUCGGCAAAUCAUGCCUUCUUCUGAGAUUUGCUGAUGAUUCUUACAUUGAUAGCUACAUAAGCACCAUUGGAGUUGAUUUUAAAAUCCGUACCGUUGAGCAGGAUGGGAAGACUAUUAAGCUCCAGAUUUGGGAUACAGCUGGCCAAGAACGAUUUAGGACAAUCACCAGUAGCUACUACCGUGGGGCACAUGGAAUCAUUAUUGUUUAUGAUGUGACAGAUGAAGAGAGCUUCAAUAAUGUGAAGCAAUGGCUCAGUGAAAUUGACCGCUAUGCUAGUGAUAAUGUUAACAAGCUCUUGGUUGGCAACAAGUGUGAUCUGACAGAAAAUAGAGCUGUGCCGUAUGAAACAGCUAAAGCAUUUGCAGAUGAAAUAGGCAUACCUUUCAUGGAGACUAGUGCAAAGGAUUCUACAAAUGUCGAACAGGCAUUUAUGGCAAUGGCUUCUUCCAUCAAGGAAAGAAUGGCAAGCCAACCUACAAACAAUGCAAGGCCUCCAACAGUGCAGAUAAGGGGACAGCCAGUUGGUCAGAAAAGUGGGUGCUGCUCAUCUUAACCACAAUAUAUCUUCUGAUCUAUUUCAUUUGGUCUACUGAUCAUUGCAUGUAAGAAUUUUUUUUUUGCUAUGUUAUUAUAUGACUAAAAUAGUGGACCAAUGUAAGAAUUUGUCUGGUGGUUUGGAACUGACCUAGAUGAUCCCAUUCUUUGAAUAUACUUAAUGAUAUGGUUUGUGCAAACUUCAAUAUUCAUUAAUGCUAAAUCUAUAUAUUCCUCCUCC